AUGGUCUUGAACGCUCCAGUCCCGCAUGCGCUGCCCACAGUCAUCUCCCUGAAACAGACGUUUCUCGAAUCGCAGACGCGUUUGCUUUCUCUGAAUCUUGCCCCAACUCGCCGGUGGCGCGCUGAUAAUGCUGCGGCAGUCGAACCCUUACCGGUUGCUGCAAUCGAUGACGCGCUCCUCGGCCUUACCCAAAUUCUUCAGCAGCACGCCCGUCGGAUCUAUCCUCCACAGUCAACGCGCCUCAUUGCGGAACAGAUCGAUAAGCUGUACCAGACCGAGAAUGAGACGACAACGUGGGACAGCGGUGAGCUCAUCGCUACAAACGCCGACCUAAGCGACGAAAAGUCCAUCGCCUCACUUCCACCCACCUGGCCCGUGACAAAGGACUUGGACGCUCUGCCCAUGGAGGCCAAGCGGUAUGCUGACCAUGUAUCUGUCCUGAAUGCUCUCGUCGCGAGGCGGGCACAGGUACAUGAGCGAAUCGAGCAGCUGUGCCGUCUAGAGAAGGCCAUUCGGCCCUACCGUAUAAGUGACAACGGCCUUGGUCUGCAAGAAAACGUGGUCACUCGCGGCGGCGAGGUCGAGAGGGAGCUGGAGCGUAUGCGCAUGCUUCUUGUGCGUGUUAGUGGCCGCAUUGCAUCAUUGCCUACACCUAACAGUGAGGGUAAAAAAGGAACUCAUUCCAUCGCUGGAGCUGAGGAGGACAAAAUCCAACAACUACUGCGCGAGUUCUGA